AUUAUAUUAUGUUUUAAUGAAGACAUCGCGUUUAUCGAAUAUUGUAUUUCACCGAAUCGGAUAAUUUUUUUCCAGAUAUGUAGAUACUCUUUCUGAGCAGAGCGAAGGGAAACGGCGUUCCAGAGCCAGCUGUCAUAUGUGUUUAUUUCCAGAGAGGUCGGUGGCUGUCAACGUGCCUUUCUUCCGUCUAUCUACGGACUGUGCUGCGCCAUUGAAAUUCUGCACGUCAGGCACAAUUUGCCGUGCUUUGGCUUGAAGUUCGCAAAAUUGUGACAAAUUUUGUCCGCGUUUUUAGUUUGUAAUUUAGAUAGCUGCCUUCACAUACUGCAGUGUCGCGUGGAACGCGCGUCGAGGACGUAGUCUAGAAAGUUUCCUUGUAUUUUAAUUCAGUGGGACGCGCUUCGUUUAUACUUUUUUUUUUUUUAAAUCGUACUUGUUGGUUAGGCACGGUCUUCGCAAUGGGUUGUCAUUCGUAAAUGACAUUUUAUACUUUGGGCUCAACUUUGUUUGUUUUUUUACUCACUCAGUCGUGUGUUAUAGCUAGCAAUUAUUGAAAAACGUUAAUAAAAAGUUAGCGUUUUGAAAGGUAGUUACGUAACGUUAGCUAGCUGCCAUUGUGUGGGCGAGUUUGGCGAAACUUGUGAAAGCGAGGUAACGUUGCAAGUAAUCGAACAAACUUUAAAAACGUGUGUUUAAAAAUUAUAAAUAUUUUAUUUUCAAGUUUACUUGUUUACUUGAUAAGUGUAUUAUCUUUAAAUUGAUUCGAUAGUCAAGCGGACGUGUGUUUUUGACAGAUUUUUCGAGUUCAGUCCAGUUUGUCUUUAGAGGGGCGUUUACCCCGAAGUGUCAAACUAGCUGCCCGGACUCAGUUUGCUACAUGUAUGUGCACAAGCUAAUAUGUAGCUAGCUAUGAUAUUAUUUAACGGUCAAUGAUUGUUCUAACGUUAUUGUACUGCAUCAUAGCAAGCUUUUGGUAAUGUCAAUGCUUAUAUUCUCCUUGAAUUUUUAUAGCGAAUUCAUGUUUUCUUGUGCUUAAUGUCUGAUUUUACAUCUAGCUAGCAAGCUGAAUUCGGUGCAUUGCUAGCAAACGUACAUGGCUAUUUUUUUGACGGCAGCUACUUUCUUUUAAUGUUUGACACCCCCAGAUAUUUAGAUUUGUUAGAUUAAGUGAUCAGGGAAAUAACAGCGCACGAAAUGGCUAUGUCAAGGCUUUUUAACUAGCUAACGUUUGCUAUAUUUCCGUCUCGCGUGGAAAGUAGAAAGCCAUUCAGCUAACGUUGCACGAUAAAUAUUGGCUUUGAAGACUGUUCGGAAACCAUAGAUCUCAUAAUUCCAGCAAACUCGAACUGGAGAUGAACUAGCUUGGAAAACUCCCAAGUUUUGAUACAGGAUCAAGAUAUGGAUCCAGGUGGACUGAAACACAGCAAGGACAAGGGCUUGGCUUUCGGUAAACUCUCAGAGAGCAGUGUAGAAGGAAGCUUCUCGGGUGACACAGGUGAUUCCAAGUCCACCACAUCAACCUCCAUGAUGCAUCUGCCAGGCUCCAGACCCCAGCCACCAGCCAGAGACUCCGCCAACGGACUGAAUGUCACUACGACUCAGAUGGAGCUCUCCACAGGGGGACUCACUAUAGAGGAGGCUGAAGUGAAGGUAAUGGAGAAGGCCCUUAGAAUGCAGCAGCCACAGAAACCGCAGCAGAACCAACAGCUGUUUGAGAACUUUGCUCUGUUGGAGGCGAGUAUUGCAGAUUUGAAUCGAUCCAACACCCCAGGGAGCUCUGUACUUGGACGCCCUCAUGACCUUUUCUCUCUGAAAACGGAGAACUUCUCACCCAUGGAUAAAGACAGGCUUGACAUGGGGUCAGUCAGCUUUGGACAGUCACAGAAGGACUUGGAUGUCAACGAGAGGCUCCUUGGCGACAAUACAAUGGACAUUCUGCAGGAUUUGGACUUGCCUGCCUCUCUGUCUGACCUGAAUGAGUUUUACGUGUCUGACGAGGCUGCUUUCCUUUCCUCCCUGUCAGUGGAGGAUGUCCUGCUCGAGGACGGCAACAUGGAAACCAAGCCCAUAGACUGUAGCAAUGGGGGAAACGGUACAAAUGUGGACAGCGCGGACCAGCAAAAGCAACUUCUGGAGCCAGGUGUCUCCAUGCCUGUCAUCAAGACGGAGGAGGAUGCUGACACCUCCUUCAUCCAACUUUGCACCCCAGGGGUCAUCAAGCAAGAGAAUGAUCGUCGGAGCUAUUGUCAGAUAUCCAGCCUGGACUUGCCUAGUACCCACAACGUGGCGGGCUCCAUCAUCGGGCCGAGUUACCCCUAUGGAGCAAACACCUCGACGGCAGUGAGUCUUCAGCAGGAUCAGAAGCCUGUCUUUGGCCUGUAUCCCCCACUGCCCUCGGUCAGUGACAGCUGGAACAGAGGCAACGGAUACGCGACUGGAUCAGGGAUGUCGAGCUCAUCUUUUCCUGUCGGCUUCAGCAGUCCAAAGGCGAGACCCGAGGCCAGCGGCUCUGCGUCGUCAGCCCCUGCCAAGCCCAGCGGUCCAACCCAUAAGAUCUGCCUGGUGUGUUCAGAUGAGGCGUCUGGUUGCCACUAUGGAGUCCUCACCUGCGGAAGCUGCAAGGUCUUCUUCAAGAGGGCCGUUGAAGGAUGGAGAGCACGACAAAACACAGAUGGACAACACAACUAUCUGUGCGCUGGGAGGAACGACUGCAUCAUAGACAAGAUCCGCAGGAAGAACUGCCCGGCGUGCCGCUUCCGCAAGUGUCUCCAAGCAGGGAUGAAUCUGGAAGCGAGGAAAAACAAGAAGCUGAUCCGAUUAAAAGGUCAGCAGACAACGAUGGAGCCGAACCCUCCCCCACCUGACGAGAGGGCUUGCGCCUUGAUCCCCAAGUCCAUGCCCCAGCUGGUACCCACCAUGCUAUCCCUGCUCAAAGCCAUUGAGCCGGAGGCCAUUUACUCUGGCUACGACAGCACCAUUCCCGACACCUCCACCCGCCUCAUGACCACCCUCAACAGGCUGGGCGGACAGCAGGUUGUCUCAGCCGUCAAAUGGGCCAAGUCCCUACCAGGGUUCCGGAACCUUCACCUGGAUGACCAGAUGACCCUGCUGCAGUGCUCCUGGCUGUUCCUCAUGUCGUUCGGCUUGGGCUGGCGCUCCUACCAGCAGUGUAACGGGGGGAUGUUGUGCUUCGCCCCUGACCUGGUUAUUAAUGAUGAGAGGAUGAAGUUGCCAUACAUGACCGACCAGUGUGAGCAGAUGCUGAAGAUUUCCACAGAGUUUGUGAGGCUGCAGGUGUCCUAUGACGAGUACCUGUGUAUGAAAGUCCUACUGCUGCUCAGCACAGGACCGACAGACAUUUUCACGUUUUAUUUUUGUCUCAUCCAUAAUGAUAUCCGCAUAAUUGGAUCUGGAAAUGUCAAGAGGACCAUUUUUGAUCGAUGUAGACAUAUUGCCUGCUAUUAUAGACCUGGGUCAUUCCACAAAAAUGUUGUCCCUUUUUUGUGUCCCUUUGCUAUUUUAAAUAGAAAUUCUGAACCAAUAUUGAGUAAAAAAAAUCAAUGUAAAAAGUGUGCAUUUUGACAUGUCCCUCCAUGCUCCAUUUGUGUCUUCUAGGAAGAUUUUAACCCACUUAACCCCAAAAUGUUUCCUAAGUUUUCACCAUCAGUAACCAUGUUUCCAUCCAGUUUUUAUGCGAGUAAGGUCAUGUCGUAUAUACAAUAAAAAUAUCAUGACAGCUGUUAAGAACAUUUCUUCAUUUGAAAUGGUGGGAACUUUUUGUGUCGGUAAAAUGUAUUAUGUGAGAAAUUGUUGUGGAAACGCCUUUAGAUAAAACAAAUUAUGAUGAAAUUCACAGGGUGAAGAAAGUGAAUGGUAUGUAUGCGCUUGAUGCUCCUUUACAAUAAAUGUCGAGUGUUUUAUUCUGGUGACAUGAUGUUCAAUGCUUGAUUGUUUUUAUUUGUCAAAACAGCAAUCUCAUCAUGUAGACUAGCCUACCCGCACUGUAUCUGCGAGCUGUUGGCUAGAACACGUGCCAAGACCAGAGUAGGCCCAUUUGCUAUGUAACGCAACAGUUUUUGUGACAUCUGUUGAUAGAGUUGAAAAUGUGAUGAAAACACAUUGAACAUUACACUUUUAUUUGGUACAUGAAAAAGUAAAUAUUGUGUGCCCUACGUCAUCACACACUGAUUUGUAUCUGCAACAAGUCAGUUGUGGGAAAAUGCGCUUUUUUUGAAAGCGUAUUUUAGAAUAUUUGCAUGAAAUUCUGUCACCAAUUGGAUGGAAACCUAGCUACUGACUCUCUAACUGACCCUAUUGGAUGGAAACCUAGCUACUGACUCUCUAACUGACCCUAUUGGAUGGAAACCAUAGCUACUGACUCUCUAAAUGACUCUAUUGGAUGCAAACUUAGCUAUUGCUAUUGUAAAGCCUUAGUUUGUUGCUUUGACAGUCAUUGUAUUAGUUAUCUGUCCCAAAUGUUCACCCUGUGAGGUGAACUGAACUUUAAUAUGGUGAAACUUGUCGUAAAAACCUAAAGAAACAUUGAACAUCUAAUAGCCACAUCAUAUUGUAAAAGCGGGUGAGCUAGUUCUACUCCUUUUGGCCAUUUUUGUCUGGUGUUUUGUGCGGAAAACUGAGUGGGUUGAGAAAAAAACACUUCAACCCCAUAGUGAGACUGGCUAGAAAUAUUUUAACAAUAAAACAAUUUUGUGAAGCUUGUAUUCAAUUGCCGCUUCCUGUUGCACACAACAAGCUUCUAUACCCCCUGUAACAAGGAUUCAUGGCAGAUUUAACUAGUAAUUACCAGUUGGAGGCUGAGUAUGUGAGCAGAGUUGAGCGGUCGGAAAUCCCGCUUAUGGAGCGGUGCUCCAACGCUCCACGUCCCUUUCAACCGCUCCACUAAAAUCCGCUCCUCACUCACAGGAAAAAAAACGUCCGUUUCAUAUUAUAUAUACAUAUUGUGGAGCGUUGUACAAUGUAUAGUCAUUGUUUAAAUCCAUACAAUCCAAAAAUGGUGAAAUCCCUCAAUCUGACCAAGUUGCACCAAUUCAGUGACCUUUGAGAAGUGUAACUACCCAACUAUAGACAUAUCUCCUGUUAGUUGUGAUUCACCGAUAUGAGGGCCACCAUUGUUCCUGUUCCCAAGAAAGCUAAGGUAACGGAGCUAAAUGACUACCGCCCUGUAGCACUCACUUCUGUCAUCAUGAAGUGCUUUGUGAGACUUGUCAAGGACCAUAUCACCUCCACCUUACCUGACACCCAAUACCCACUCCAAUUUGCUUACCGCCCCAAUAGGUCCACAGACGACGCAAUCACACUGCCUUAACCCAUCUGGACAAGAUGAAUACCUAUGUAAGAAUGCUGUUCAUCGAUUACAGCUCAGCAUUUAACACCAUAGUGAUCCCAAGAUGGCGUAGCAGUGUUUGUUUGUCCUCUUGUGUACUUUUUGUAUUUUUUUGUAUUUAUAUUUCAAUUUAUUUUCAAUCUCUUUUUGAUUUUUAAUUUGAUUAUACAUUCCGGUAACCUGCCUCACCCAAUGUGAUACGGAACCGCUAUUAUUUAAAAUUUUUCAGCUGUUCACCCGAACCCCACUCAUACACGGCUAUAGCCCAAUACUCCACCGGAUCCUUGCUGUAAACUCUGGACCUGGGCACCGGAUCACCGCUGCUACCGAUUGGCUAUAGUGGCUAAUGCCACUGCCAAGAAGCUAGCACCAGUUAGCUGUGUUAGCCGUGAACCAGGCGUAUCUCCCGGCUAGCAAACUAAAUUCUACAAAACCUCUUUCGCCAUCUGGCUUGGAUUCUCUGCCAACACGGCACCCCUCCGCACCACCACGACUGGCGACGAAUAUUCCAUCCGCUGUGCCUUCAACCGGCCUCCGUCGGAGCAGACGCUCCUACUAUCCCCGGGCUACUAACUUUAAACGCCGUGUCGCCCACGUGCUAACGUAGUGGCGGCUUCCCUGUUCCAUCAACUGCUGCCUCCUGGACACUAUGAUCACUUGGCUACAAAGCUGAUGCCUGCUGGACUGUCCAUUAAUCACGGUACUCCAUUCUGUUUAUUUAUUUUUAUCUGUCGGCCCCAGCCGCGAAUUCAGGCUCUAUGUGUAGUUAAUCCGACCCUCUCUGCCUAGUCAUCACCAUUUUACCUGCUGUUGUGUUAGCUGAUUAGCUGUUGUUGUCUCAUCUGUUGGUUUAGCUAGCUCUCCCAAUCAACACCUGCAUCAACAUUACUUUAUGCCUCGCUGUAUGUCUCUCUCAAAUGUCAAUAUGCAUUCUAUACUGUUGUUCAGGUUAGUUAGCAUUGUUUUAGUUUACAAUGAGCCCCAAGUUCCACUCUUCAUACCUCUGAUACCUCCUUUGUCCCACCUCCCACACAUGCGGUGACCUCACCCAUUACAACCAGCAUGUCCAGAGACACAACCUCUCUUAUCAUCACCCAGUGCCUGGGCUUACCUCUGCUGUACCCGCACCCCACCAUACCCCUGUCUGCGCAAAAUUCCCCUGAAUAUAUUCUACCACGCCCAGAAAUCUGCUCCUUUUAUUCUUUGUCCCCAACGCUCUAGGCGACCAGUUUUGAUAGUCUUUAGCCGCACCCUCAUCCUACUCCGCCUCUGUUCCGCGGGUGAUGUGGAGGUAAACCCAGACCCUGCAUGUCCCCAGGCACCCUCAUUUGUUGACUGCUGUGAUCAAAAAAGCCUUGGUUUCUUGCAUGUCAACAUCAGAAGCCUCCUCCCUAAGUUUGUUUUACUCACUGCUUUAGCACACUCUGCCAACCCUGAUGUCCUUGCCGUGUCUGAUUCCUAGCUUAGGAAGGCCACCAAAAAUUCUGAGAUUUCCAUACCAAACUAUAAAAGUUUCCGUCAAGAUAGAACUGCCAAAGGGGGAGGAGUUGCAGUCUACUGCAGAGAUAGCCUGCAAAGUAAUGUCAUACUUUCCAGGUCCAUACCCAAACAGUUCGAACUUCUAAUUUAAAAAAUUAUCUCUCCAGAAAUAAGUCUCUCACUGUUGCCGCCUGCUACCGACCCCACUCAGCUCCCAGCUGUGCCCUGGACACCAUUUGUGAAUGGAUCGCCCCCCAUCUAGCUUCAACAUUUGUUCUGUUAGGUGACCUAAACUGGGAUAUGCUUAACACCCCGGCAGUCCUACAAUCUAAGCUAGAUGCCCUCAAUCUCACACAAAUCAUCAAGGAACCCACCAGGUACAACCCUAACUCUGUAAACAAGGGCACCCUCAUAGACGUUAUCCUGAUCAAUUGGCCCUCCAAAUACACCUCUGCUGUCUUCAAUCAGGAUCUCAGCGAUCACUGCCUCAUUGCCUGUAUCUGCUACGGGUCCGCAGUCAAACGACCACCCCUCAUCACUGUCAAACGCUCCCUAAAACACCUCUGCGAGCAGGCCUUUCUAAUCGACCUGGCCCGGGUAUCCUCGAAGGAUAUUGACCUCAGGACCUCAGGAUGCCUGGUCAUUCUUUAAAAGUAACUUCCUCACCAUCUUCGAUAAGCAUGCUCCGUUAAAAAAAUGCAUAACUACGAACAGAUAUAGCCCUUGGUUCACUCCAGACUUGACUGCCCUCGACCAGCAGAAAAACAUCCUGUGGCGGACUGCAAUAGCAUCGAAUAGUUUGCGCGAUAUGCAACUGUUCAGGGAAGUCAGGAACGAAUACACGCAGUCAGUCAGGAAAGCAAAGGCCAGCUUUUUCAAGAAGAAAUUUGCAUCCUGUAGCUCCAAAAAGUUAUGGGACACUGUAAAGUCCAUGGAGAACAAGAGAACCUCCUCCCAGCUGCCCACUGCACUGAGGCUAGGUAACAUGGUCACCACCGAUAAAUCCAUGAUAAUUGAAAACUUCAACAAGCAUUUCUCAACGGCUGGCCAUGCCUUCCUCCUGGCUACUCCAAUCUCGGCCAUCAGCUCUGCCCCCCACCCGAAGCUACUCGCCCAAGCCUCCCCAGCUUCUCCUUUACCCAAAUCUAGAUAGCAGAUGUUCUGAAAGAGCUGCAAAACCUGGACCCAUACAAAUCAGCUGGGCUUGACAAUCUGGACACUCUAUUUCUGAAACUAUCCGCCGCCAUUGUCGCAACACCUAUUACCAGCCUGUUCAAUCUCUCUUUCAUAUCGUCUGAGAUCCCCAAGGAUUGGAAAGCUGCCGCAGUCAUCCCCCUCUUCAAAGGGGGAGACACCCUGGACCCAAACUGUUACAGAUCUAUAUUCCAUCCUGCCCUGCCUAUCUAAGGUCUUCGAAAGCCAAGUCAACAAACAGAUCACUGACCAUCUCGAAUCCCACCGUACCUCCGCUGUGCAAUCUGGUUUCCGAGCCGGUCACGGGUAAACUUCAGCCACGCUCAAGGUACUAAACGAUAUCAUAACCGCCAUCGAUAAAAGACAGUACUGUGCAGCCGUUUUCAUCGACCUGGCCAAGGCUUUCGACUCUGUCAAUCACCAUAUUGUUAUCGGCAGACUCAGUGGCCUCGGUUUUUCUAAUGACUGCCUCGCCUGGUUCACCAACUACUUUGCAGACAGAGUUCAGUGUGUCAAAUCGGAGGGCAUGUUGUCCGGUCCUCUGGCAGUCUCUAUGGGGGUGCCACGGGGUUCAAUUCUCGGGCCCACUCUUUUUUUCUGUAUAUAUCAAUGAUGUUGCUCUUGCUGCGGGCGAUUCCCUGAUCCACCUCUACGCAGACGACACCAUUCUGUAUACUUCUGGCCCUUCCUUGGACACUGUGCUAUCUAACCUCCAAACUAGCUUCAAUGCCGUACAACACUCCUUCCGUGGCUGCCAACUGCUCUUAAACGCUAGUGAAACCAAACCACCCUGGAUGGUUCCGACCUAGAAUAUGUGGACAUCUAUAAGUACCUAGGAGUCUGGCUAGACUGUAAACUCUCCUUCCAGACUCAUAUCAAACAUCUCCAAUCUAAAAUCAAAUCUAGAGUCGACUUUCUAUUUUGCAACAAAGCCUCCUUCACUCACGCCGCCAGUAAAACUGAAUAUCCUACCGAUCCUCGACUUCGGCAAUGUCAUCUACAAAAUAGCUUCCAAUACUCUACUCUACUCUAAACUGGAUGCAGUUUAUCACUGUGCCAUCCGUUUUGUUACUAAAGCACCUUAUACCACCCACCACUGCGACCUGUAUGCUCUAGUCGGCUGGCCCUUGCUACAUAUUCGUCGCCAGACCCACUGGCUCCAGGUCAUCUACAAGUCCAUGCUAGGUAAAGCUCCGCCUUAUCUCAGUUCACUGGUCACGAUGGCAACACCCACCUGUAGCACGCGCUCCAGCAGGUGUAUCUCAUUGAUCAUCCCUAAAGCCAACGCCUUUCCUUCCAGUUCUCUGCUGCCUGUGAUUGGAACCAAUUGCAAAAAUAGCUGAAGUUGGAGACUUAUCUCCCUCACCAACUUUAAACAUAUCUGAGCAGCUAACCGAUCCCUGCAGCUGUACAUAGUCCAUCCGUAAAUAUCCCACCCAAUUUACUUACCUCAUCCCCAUACUGUUUUUAUUUAUUUACUUUUCUGCUCUUUUGCACACCUGUAUCUCUACUUGUACAUGACCAUCUGAUCAUUUAUCACUCCAGUGUUAAUCUGCUAAAUUGUAGUUAUUCGCCUACCUCCUCAUGCCUUUUGCACACAAUGUAUAUAGACUCUUUUCUUUCCUUUUUUUCUACUGUGUUAUUGACUUGUUUAUUGUUUACUCCAUGUGUAACUCUGUGUUGAUGUCUGUUCACACUGCUAUGCUUUAUCUUGGCCAGGUCGUGGUUGUAAAUUAGAACUUGUUCUAAACUAGCCUACCUGGUGAAAUAACGGUGAAAUAAAAUAAAUAAAUAGAACCCUCCAAACUCGACUCUGCCCUGUGCAACUGGGUCCUGGACUUCCUGACGGCCGCCCCCCAGGUGGUGAUGGUAGGUAACAACAUCUCCACCCCGCUGAUCCUCAAUACUGGGUCCACAAGGGUGCAUUCUCAGCUCUCUCCUGUACUCCCUGUUCACCCACGACUGCGUAGCCAUGCACGCCUCCAACUCAAUCAUCAAGUUUGCAGACAAGACUACAGUGGUAGGCUUGAUUACCAACAGCGAUGAGACUGCCUACAGGGAGGAGGUGAGGGCCCUCGGAGUAUGGUUUCAGGAAAAUAACCUCACACUCAAUGUCAACAAAACAAAGGAGAUGAUCGUGGACUUCAGGAAACAGCACCCCCCUAUCCACAUUGACGGGACAGUGGAGAAGGUGGAAAGUUUUAAGUUCCUUGGCGUACACAUCACGGACAAUCUGAAAUGGUCCACCCACACAGACAGCGUGGUGAAUAAGGCGCAGCAGCGCCUAUUCAACCUCAGGAGGUCACCAAAAACACUCUCAAACUUUUACAGAUGCACAAUCGAGAGCAUCCUGUCGGGUUGUAUCACCGCCUGGUACGGGCAACUGCUCUGCCCAUAACUGUAAGGCUCUCCAGAGAGUAGUAAGGUCUGCACAACGAAUCACCGGGGGCAAACUGCCUGCCCUCCAGGACACCUACACCACCCGAUGUCACAGGAAGGCCAAAAAGAUCAUCAAGGACAACAACCACCCGAGCCACUGCCUGUUCACCCCGCGAUCAUCCAGAAGGUGAGGUCAGUACAGGUACAUCAAAGCGGGGACCGAGAGACUGAAAAACUGCUUCUAUCUCAAGGCCAUCAGACUGUUAAACAGCCAUCACUAACAUUGUGGCUGCUGCCAACAUACUGACUCAACUCUAGCCACUUUAAUAAUGGAAUUAUUUUUGUAAUAAAGUUAUCACUAGCCAUUUUAAACAAUGCCAGUUUGUUUAUAUGAUGUUUACAUACCCUACUUUACUUAUCUCAUAUGUAUAUACUGUACGCUAUACCAUCUACUGCAUCUUGCCAUCUUAUGUAAUUAAAUGUAUCACUAGCCACUUUAAACAAUGCCACUUUAUAUAAUGUUUUCAUACCCUACAUUACUCAUCUCAUAUGUAUGCACUGUACUCUAUACCAUCUACUGCAUCUUGCCUAUGCUGUUCGGCCAUCACUCAUUCAUAUAUUUGUAUGUACAUAUUCGUAUUCAUUCCUUUACACUUGUGAAAUUGUUAGGUUAGAUUACUUGUUAGAUAUUACUGCAUGGUCGGAACUAGAAGCACAAGCAUUUCACUCCACUCGCAUUAACAUUUGCUAACCAUGUGUAUGUGACAAAUAAAAUGUUAUUUGGAUUUGAUGACAUUUUUGGCCGAUACCGAUAUACAAUAUUUUCCUUGCCAAAAAACCCGAUACCGAUAACCAAUAUAAAACAUCUUAGCAGCCUUUUAAGCAUUCUAGUACAGUUAAAUAGUUAACACACACACAUGGAUGCAGCGGUCUAAGGCACGGCAUCUCAGUGCAGGAGGCUCCAUUACAGUCCCUAGUUCGAAUCCAGGCUGCAUCACAUCCGGCUGUGAUUGGGAGUCCCAUAGGGCGGCGCACAAUUGGCACAGUGUCGUCCGGCGUAGGCCGUCAUUGUAAAUAAGAAUUUGUUCUUAACUGACUUGCCAAUUAAAAAGGUUACAUACACACCACACUGACAAAAAAUAUAUAUUUUGUUGGCAUUUACCUAUGUCCCCAUUACCAGUAAAACAUAAUCAAAACAUAUUUCUUUCACUUACUUGCUGUGUUGUUUCGUUGUUUGUUCGUUCAGUAUUUUCAUUCUCAACCAGGAUUUCAAUGGAACGCCUUUUGGAUCUUUGCGUGUCAAAAAGAAAACAAUGACCAGUAGACUAUUUGACUUGUCAAAUAAGCUUGUUGACCAAAAAGGACUUGAAAUAUGACUGCACAUUCUUUAAGUUUUUUUGAUAGUUAUUACAGAUUGAUAACACUUUCAUCUAAACAUCGAUAUGUAUGCUAUGAUGCUGGUAAAGUUGUCUCGCGGAUUAAUGGAUUAAUGACCCAUCUAUGUGAAGCUAGCCACAAUAAGAAUUAGCCACAAUAGUAGACUGCGGUUAGCCUUCAAAAUAAAACUAUGGCAUAAUUCUACUAUUUGUAUUAAUUUGCAUCACUGUCAAUGACGUACUUUUAUUUUGAAGGCAAACUGCAAAUUUCACUCUUGUGCCUAAUCCUUAUUGUGGAUAGCUUCACAACCAAGUCCAGUCAAGCCUCACUAGCCAGAUGAAGCUUCCUGGCUGUUUAUAACGUUAGCUUUGGCUAUCUGGCUCGCUAUUUAUUUUCAUGAACUGAAGUUCAAUUUCAAUAGGUGAACAACAAGUAGCAACCUAGCUAAUACUUACUCACAAGGAUUCCUAAAUCAUUGCUAAGAAUAAGCUACCCCAGAAGUUGCGGUCGAACAAAUGAUGCUUUAUUACCAAUGCGGUAUUGUAAACACAUAAUUCGUGGCCGGUGUUUGCUUGUUUGCAGACUUUUUAAAAAGCUUUGACAGUGCUACUGUAUCUUUUUUGACACGCAAAGACCCAAACAGCGUUCCAUAGUAUGUAUGUCUUGAAGCUAAUAGCAGUGACGCUAUUACUGUGUAACUCCGGUAGGGCAACAUCUGAAAAAUAGCGCACUUGGUAGUGUGUACCGGUGCUCGACCAGGCAGCGAAAGCCAACAUCACCCACGACAGAGAACGGUUGAUUGUCAAGAAAAAUGAAUUCCAUUAUCUUGGCUUUAAUGGAUUUCGCCUUUUGAGUUGUCUCACUGAAAUGUUCUUACCCUUUCAAAUGACUGCUUGACUUGUUGACUGCUUGAUCCACACAGCAGAUAUUGUGGGCUAGGUUAUGAAUGCUGUGUUGCACGUGUAGCGCAACAUUUUACGUGGCGACAUUACGGCAUUAUUCUCUUCUAUGUUUGGAAAAUAACCUCACUAUAUCCAAACCAAAAAGAGUAUACCAGGGGCAAGCCAAUUUGUACAGUGGGGAGAACAAGUAUUUGAUACACUGCCCAUUUUGCAAGUUUUCCUACUUGCAACAUGUACAAAGCAUUUAGAGGUCUGUAAUUUUUAUCAUAGGUACACUUCAACUGUGAGAGAUGGAAUCUAAAACAAAAAUACAGAAAAUCACAUUGUAUGAUUUUUAAGUAAUUCAUUUGCAUGUUAUUGCAUGACGUAAGUAUUUGACACAUCAGAAAAGCAGAACUUAAUAGUUGGUACAGAAACCUUUGUUUGAAGGUUAGAUCAUAGGUUUACUUUAGUUCUUGAUCCUUCAGGUUUCGGGGCUGUCGCUGGGCAAUACGGACUUUCAGCUCCCUCCAAAUAUUUUCUAUUGGGUUCAGGUCUGGAGACUGGCUAGGCCACUCCAGGACCUUGAGAUGCUUCUUAGUUUCCUUGGCUGUAUGUUUCGGGUUGUUGUCAUGCUGGAAGACCCAGCCACGACCCAUCUUCAAUGCUCUUACUGAGGGAAGGAGGUUGUUGGCCAAGAUCUCACGAUGCAUGGCCCCAUCCAUCCUCCCCUCAAUACGGUGCAGUCGUCCUGUCCCCUUUGCACAAAAGCAUCCCCCAAAAAUUAUGUUUCCACCUCCAUGCUUCACAGUUGGGAUGGUGUUCUUGGGGUUGUACUCAUCCUUCUUCUUCCUCCAAACACGGCGAGUGGAGUUUAGAACAAAAAGCUCUAUUUUUGUCUCAUCAGACCACAUGCCCUUCACCCAUUCCUCCUCUGGAUCAUCCAGAUGGUCAUCGGCAAACUUCAGAUGGGCCUGGACAUGCACUGGCUUGAGCAGGGGGAUCUUGCGUGCGCUGCAGGAUUUUAAUCCAUGGCGGCGUAGUGUGUUACUAAUGGUUUUCUUUGAGACUGUGGUCCCAGCUCUCUUCAGGUCAUUGACCAGGUCCUGCCAUGUAGUUCUGGGCUGAGCCCUCACCUUCCUCAUGAUCAUUGAUGCCCCACGAGUUGAGAUCUUGCAUAGAGCCCCAGACCGAGGGUGAUUGACCGUCAUCUUGAGCUUCUUUCAUUUUCUAAUAAUUGCGCCAACAGUUGUUGCCUUCUCACCAAGCUGCUUGCCUAUUGUCCUGUAGCCCAUCCCAGCCUUGUGCAGGUCUACAAUUUUAUCCCUGAUGUCCUUACACAGCUCUCUGGUCUUGGCCAUUGUGGAGAGGUUGGAGUCUGUUUGAGUGUGUGGACAUGUUUCUUUUAUACAGGUAACGAGUUCAAACAGGUGCAGUUAAUACAGAUAAUGAGUGUAGAGCAGGAGGGCUUCUUAAAGAAAAUCGAACAGGUCUCUGAGCCGGAAUUGUGAUUUUCUGUUUUUUUUUGUUUUAGAUUCCGUCUCUCACAGUUGAAGUGUCCCUAUGAUAAAAAUAGACGUUUACAUGCCAGCAGCAUACCACCCUGCAUACCACUGCUGGCUUGCUUCUGAAGCUAAGCAGGGUUGGUCCUGGUCAGUUCCUGGAUGGGAGACCAGAUGCUGCUGGAAGUGGUGUUGGAGGGCCAGUUGGAGGCACUUUUUCCUAUGGUCUAUAACAAUAUCCCAAUGCCCCAGGGCAGUGAUUAGGGACAUUGCCCUGUGUCGGGUGCAGUCUUUUGGAUGGGACGUUAAAUGGGUGUCCUGACUCUCUGAGGUCAUUAAAGAUCCCAUGGCACUUAUCGUAAGAGUAGGGGUGUUAACCCUGGUGUCCUGGCUAAAUUCCCAAUCUGGCCCUCAAACCAUCACAGUCACCUAAUAAUCCCCAGUUUACAAUUGGCUCAUUCAUCCCCCUCCUCUCCCCUGUAACUAUUCCCCAGGUCGUUGCUGCAAAUGAGAACGUGUUCUCAGUCAACUUACCUGGUAAAAUAACAGAUAAAUAAAUAAACAUGCCUUGUAAGUACGAAACACUGCCGAUUUUGCAGGUUAUCAAAUACUUGUUCUCCCCACUGUAUUUCUCAUCUGAUAAGACAAUUGGAGAGUAUUUGACAAUUUCCCACCUAUGUUGUUUAGCAUAAUAUCCAUUGAGUGCGGUUUUGCUGGGCCUAAUUCCAAGAUCCCAGAAGCCUGCAGUCCACGGUAGAUCCUUCAUCUGGCUCUCAUCAGGGAAGAAUGGGACGGCAUAAAACCCAUUGACGUUACCUGUGGUUCUGAAUAUUUUCCAUUGACCUAAUUGUGGUUGAUAUGGAAGGGGUGGGUGGUGUGUACGAGACCGUAGUGACAGGAUAAUGGGCAGUGUUCAGACUAGGAGACUCUGGGUCAAAAGAGACUCCUUCCUUACCGAGCGUAGCUGUAGGUCAGAUUGUCUAGCGUGAAUGUUGGUAGACGAAUUGAGGUUACAUCCCAAGCUUUUCAUUAUGGAUUUUUUGUAAUGACAUAAGUACUAUAUUGACAUACACUGCCUUAAAUGCAUGAUGUGUAAAAGAUUGUUUGUAUGUUUUACUCCCUCCCUCCUUACUCCCUCCCUCCCGCCCUCCUUCGUUUG